UGGUAACAAAUUUAUAAUAAAUAAGUGUGGAACUUUAUCUAAGUUAUAUAUUUUAUACAGAGCCACUACCAGGCCCAUCGACGCUAACACAACGCCUGUAUGAUCGUUAUAGCGAAGAAAGUGAUAGCAGUAGCAGUAGCUUUAUUAACCCCGAGCAUGAAUCUGUAGGAGAUAACGACCAAUGUUUUAAUAAUAACAGCAAUUUCGAAUGAUCAGGAAAAUUCAAAUAUUUUAAAGAAAAUCAGAGUCAUGGAUGGUUGAUGGUAAUGUCCCCGCACCUAACAACGGACCAUUCAGAGUCCCAAGAUCCCCGGUCAUUCCCCUAUCACCGCAUCAGGAAGAUAUCGCUGAAGAAGAGGCGCGGAUAGCACUACUGGCCAGCGAUACCGAUGACACGGACGGCGAUACAGACUCCGAUGACGAUGCACAGAGCAUUUCCGAAACCAUGGAGCCAGUUCUCUCCGAAGAAGACGCUGCGAAUGACGACGAGAUGUACUGUCAAAUGGGGUGUGGCCGUAUCAUUCAAUCAAACGAGGACGACAAUGAUCAUGAAGAUGGAGAAGAAGAAGAAGAGAAUGAAACGAGCUAGCAGCGUACACGGGCUAGCCAGCGAUCAUAUUACAAAACACUACAUCUAAACGAUGCUCAUCGGGUAUGGUGAGCUCGCACCGACGAGGUUCUAGCAGCGUUGGCAAUAGGAGCUCGCGUGUGCGCGCGAUCUACAAGACUCGUGGUAUCGCGCAUGCCGCGCCCGGGUCCCGUGUUAGGGGGGAGUGAAUCGCGAUAGAGGUUUAAAACUAUAUACCUAAGGAUCAUUGUCAAAUAUCUUCAUUCGUUGUAAUGGAUACAAGGUGGAAACAUCCGUGGACAUCGAUGAUUUGCGGACCCACGGGGUGUGGGAAGACGUUCUUCGUAAAGAAGUUCUUAUGCUUCAUCGAGAUCAUGAGCGACGUGCGUUUUGCGCGUGUUCUCUUUUACUAUGCAGAGUGGCAGGAGGGGUACAGAGAGUACGGGAGCGCUAUAGAGUUUCACGAGGGACUGCCGCGGAACAUCAAUUACGGCAACGACCCGCGGCCGAAACUCGUCAUCAUCGACGAUCUC